GCCACGACCUUAGGUCCCGCCCAGCCACUGUGCGCUUCCUUUUCCGACGAGAGGCGGGGCCCCGGCGUCCGCGGGAAACGCGGGAUGGUAUUUUUCUGCUAGGGGCUGCUGCGGGAAUGGCAGUCUUGGGGAGUUUGGUCCUACGGCCUUGGAUUCGAGACCUGAUCCUGGGGUCAGAUGCAUUCUCAAGUCCGCAGGCGGGGCAGCUGCUCGAGGUGUUACAGGAGGAGGCCGAGGCUCCGGGCCCGUCCCACGCCCCUGACCCCUCUGACGUCGCAGCGGCGCUCCUUGUGUCUGACGGGACCCACAGUGUCCGGUGCCUAGUGACGCGGGAGGCCCUGAACGCCUCGGACUGGGAGGAGAAAGAGUUCGGCUUCCGAGGGGCAGAAGGCCGGCUGCUGCUGCUGCAGGACUGUGGGGUCCGCGUCCAAGUCGCCGAAGGUGGCGCGCCCGCAGAGUUCUACCUCCAGGUGGAUCGCUUCAGCCUGCUGCCUGCAGAGCAGCGCCGGGAACGGGUGAUUGGUUGCAACCAGGACCCGGAUGUGCAGAAAAAGCUCUUUGACUGUCUGGAGGAGCACCUUUCAGAGUCCAUCUCCCCCAGUGCAGGACUUUCACUGUCCCAACUUCUGGAUGAAGUGCAAGAGGACCAGGAGCAUCGGGGGGCGCUAGUGCAUCUGGCUGAGAGCUGUCUGAUGCUGACAGGCCCUUGCACAGCACCCCCCCUCACCCGCUGGACCUCCUCCUGCCAUAGGGCCACGGGAGAAGCUGUGUACACUGUCCUCAGCUCAUGGCUGCACAUCUCUGAGAAUGACCAGCGAGUUCUGAGCUCUCUGCGCCCAGGUCAGAGAGCACCAGGCCCUGAGCUGCCUCCACCAGAUCCAGGUUUGCAGGACCUAUCGCUGACCCUCAUUUCUCCUUCCUCGCCUACUUCCUCAGGUAAGGGGGUGCUCGGGCCACAGCCAUUCACUGCUAUCACCCAGGUUCCCAGGCUGCUGCAAAAGUUUGCACACCCAGCUUUAUCCAGCCACGUGUCCUCGGAGGAAAGCGGCGCCAGCAUCAGCCUUCUGCCUUCCCUGUCCUUGGCUGCUUCAGACCCAGGGCAAAAGGGCAGUGUCCAGGCUGUACCAGCCAUCUGUUCAGCCCCUGGCCCCUUGCCCCCUGGCUCCCCACAUCCUAGCCAUGUUCCCAGUUCCCCACUCCUGAGCUGCACCCCAACACUGACACCCCUUGGCUAUGUACCCAGUCCACAUCAGGCCAUUGUGACUAGGGCCCAGAAACCUAGCCUGGAAUUCAAGGAGCAAGGGUUGACCCCCAAGAACUGGCAGCACUCUCCAAGGACAAAAAGCACCCCGGGAGCCCUGGAGUCCAGCCUUGUUUGGGACCCUCCAAAGCGGCAUCGUGAUGGUUCUGCCUUCCAAUAUGGGUACGAGCCACCCUGCACCUCCCUCUGUGCCCAGGUCCAAGCCGCCAGGCUCCCUCCCCAGCUCGUGGCCUGGGCCCUGCACUUUCUGAUGGAACCGCCGCCAGAUUCUCAGCUAACCCAGGUGUGAGGGAUCAUGGGGGAGGAUAUAUGCACACAGAUCCAGGCCUGGGAUCGACAAACAGUGCUCCACGCUCUGCUCCUUUGAGUUUUUUAAUAAAAUAAUCUCAUGCGGCAGGAAAA